AUGACGGGCAUAAACGGGACUUCGGCGAUACUGGCAUUCAGCUUCAAGUUCAUGUCUCUCUCAUGGAAAGAACCAGCCGAAUUUCGUGCCGUCCUAGAGGGACCGGAUCGCAAAGAGCUUUGCAACUUGGUAGCUGCGACGGCUCUGAAGAGCAAUCCGAAAUACAUGUCUGCGGUAGGCGUGCCAUCCGCUAGGGUUCUGCCAGAUGCGGCAGAAGCUAUCGCUAAGGCCAACAAAGAAGGCUUCAAGCAAGGCAUGGCCGUUACCAAGAAAGAAACUAAAAUACUCACCAACGCAUCUGGUGCCAUUCUCGAUUCCUUCAAGACUGUGGAUGUUCAACGUUACUAUAGCAGCAGAGGAAGUUCGGGAAACCCUCCACGCCCAGGCCUAGACAAGAAUCAGAGAAGCCCCGCUCGCUUUGGAAUGCCUGGAUCAAGCGCGCAUAUCUUCCACCGCGAGGAUGGUCACACUCCGGAAUCGUUCGACUCGCGUUUCAACAGCCUCGAUCACCACCACCACCCCUUUGUGGUCGUCUACCAGCAGGGUGGAUCCGGAGGCAUGGUCAGCUUCGAAAAAGGGUGA